ACACAAUUCAGUCGUUAUUUUGAACUGUCACCACGCGGUUGUAAUUCGCGUAACCGAAUUUUGAGAUACAAGCAAUCCUGGCGAACAAUUUGCUAAUAAAUAUGUUUGUAGUGCGCGAUCGCGGCAGUUAGUGAAUCCUCGGAAAUUUUUUGUAGAGUGCCGUAGACGCGAGCUGUUAGUCAAUUAAGAGUAAAGUGGAAAGCCUUUUGUUAAUUAAACAUGCAAUUUUCUAUAAAUUUAAACAUUAAAAAAAAAUAAAAUUACAAGUGCUGUGUAAUUUUAAUACCACAAUUUUGUUGGAGAGUCAAUGCUGCAAAUUCACUGAUUACCCCGAACAUUUUCUUGGAUUUUUCUGUAACAGAGCCGACAAUCCAGCCAUAGAUGGGAUUCUCUUACAUUGUACCCAUCUUGUUAUUUCAUGAGGGCAGUUGAAAGUUUCCACCGUAGUUUGAAAUCGAAAAUAAUGACAUCAGAGCAGAUGGAUUCGGGGUCAAUGAUUUUAACAUUUGAAGCAGAUUAUAGAGUGAAAAUAAAUUCAAUUUCUAAUCACAUAUAAUUGAUCUGUAUUUGACUGAUGCCGUCUUUGAUAGAUGCUAUAAUACCAGAUAUAUGUAUUUACAAACAUUGUUUGAAAAUGCAUUAGCUUUUUUGCUGCUUCGUAUUACAUAUUAAUUAGUUUCGCGUGUGCGUAAUCAGUAAAUUGCAGUACGAUUCGUUUUUCAAAAGAUCAACUCAAGAUCAAACUGCAAUCUCACGAUCGGCAAGCCUUGAGUAUAAAUACAUAACCACAUACAAAUCUAAGUAUAAGCGGAAUAUUUUGGAAAAUACCUUUCCUAUCAGUUUGCAUCAGUAGCACAUGUUUCGAACUUUCGCGCCAUUAACGUAUUAAAUCAAUGCAAAUAUGCCCAAAGCACAAUUCAACAAAUUUAUAGCGGACGAAGCCGAUCCACUGCACCCAGAAAAUAGUUUGCAUACAAACAUUGAACGAGUGAAACACGAUGAAGCGUCCACUUCACAGGUCGUCAUCAGCAGUGUAGCGGAGGAUAUUCUGCCAGCUAGUGGUGGUGAACGCGAUAAAUGGAGCCGCGAAAUAGAAUUUCUCUUUUCAUGCAUAGCUCUCUCUGUGGGUUUGGGCAAUGUGUGGCGUUUUCCUUUCAUAGCGCUGGAGAAUGGGGGUGGCGCUUUCGUUAUACCCUAUGUCAUUGUGCUCUUGCUCAUCGGGCGUCCCAUCUACUAUAUGGAGGUGCUGAUCGGACAGUUUGCAAGCCGCGGUGCAGUGAAGGUGUUCGACAUGGCACCCAUUAUGAAAGGCAUUGCGUAUGGCCAAGUUUACGCUACAGCAUUAGCGACUACCUACUAUGCCGCCAUUAUGGCACUGACAAUCAAAUACUUACUCGCCUCCUUCACGCCAUUGCUACCUUGGGCGACAUGUCAGCCGGAAUGGGGCGCCAAUUGUGCGUCAAUCACCACCUACAACUCCAGCGUAAUUGGCAAUACAUCUCAUGAGAAAUUGGUCUCCUCAGCAGAGUUGUAUUUCACCAAGGUAGUGCUGCGCGAAAAGGAUAAUAUUGAAGAUGGUAUCGGGGCGCCAAGUUUGGAUCUUGUGAUCUAUUUAUUUCUGGUAUGGGUUUUGAUUGCAGUUACUUUGAUUAAAGGCAUUCAAAGCUCCGGCAAAGCUUCGUAUUUUCUAGCCUUAUUUCCUUAUGUCGUACUUUUUAUUCUACUCGGGCGCGCACUAACUUUGCCUGGCGCCUGGGAUGGUAUAGUUUACUUCCUAAAACCGCAAUGGGAUCAGCUACUUAAUCCUGAGGUUUGGUAUGCUGCUAUUACACAGAUGUUCUUUUCGUUAGCCAUCUGCUUUGGCACGCUAAUCAUGUAUGCUUCAUAUAAUAAUUUUCAUAAGCGCGUUCACAAGGACGUAAUGAUCGUGACGACAAUAGACUCCAUUACCUCAAUACUCGCUGGUUGUGUUAUCUUCGGCAUACUUGGCAAUCUCGCGCUGGAAACCAACAACACAGAUAUAUCGAAAGUGGUUAAGGGUGGUGCAGGCUUGGCUUUCAUCUCAUAUCCAGAAGCUAUAGCAAAAUUUAAAUAUUUACCGCAAUUUUUUGCUGUGCUCUUCUUCUUCAUGCUCCUCGUAUUAGGUAUCGGCAGUAAUAUUGGCAUGUCUUCGUGUGUUAUAACAGUAUUUAAGGAUCGUUUUGAUCACAUACCACAAUGGGCAAUCACAAUCGGAUUCGCAAUCUGCAGCUUCCUUUGUGGCCUGAUCUAUACAACACCUGGCGGACAAUAUCUACUGAAUUUGGUGGAUUUCUUUGGUUGUUCAUUCAUUGCACUUUUCUUGGCCAUAGGCGAGAUUGUGACUAUUUCAUGGAUUUAUGGCGUCAAACGCUUCUGCAAGGACAUUGAGUUCAUGUGCAAUCUAAAGACCGGGUUCUAUUGGCGCAUCUGUUGGGCCAUUUUCACACCUGGUCUCAUGUUUCUCGUGCUUGUCUAUACGCUGAUCAACUACAAACCGCUUGAAUAUAAGGGUAUGGAGUAUCCGGAAUAUAUUUACAAUAUUGCUUGGCUGAUAUGGCUCAUUGGUGUGGGUCAACUGCCCUUUUGGGCUUUAUAUACCGUCUACAAGCAGCCGGGCAAUACUUUUAUGCAGAAAUUCAAUCGAGCCAUAAAACCAAAGUCCAACUGGGGUCCAGCGUCAGCUGAGCAAUUGGAAAAGUAUAUACUAUUUAUGAAAAAUUCACAGAAUCACAACCCUGAACAUGGUUGGACGUCGCGAAUUUAUGAUAACAUUUUCGGUUGAUUUCAAUCGAUUGAUUUUGUUUAUGUUUUUGAAGUACUUAAGUGCCUGAUUAACUCAAAUACACAGUUUUAUUAAGGAAAAAAGAAAUGCAAAGUUUUUAGUU